AUGUUCUGCCUCUCAGCAAUCGCAGUGCCCGUCUCUCUGGACACCAACACCGACUCGGGCCAACUCGUCCGCCAAUGGUCUCGGACAUAUCACUACGGCCAUAUCAUCCUCCCGGUAUUCUGCAUCGCCACGUGCAGUCUCUACGCAUAUGCCAGCUUCAGCAGACACGCAACGGGCCGCAAGGAUUGGAGGAUCUAUGCGGCAGCCGGCAUUGCCACAAUUGCUAUGGUGCCGUUUACCUGGGUGGUCAUGACCCCGACUAACAAUACGCUGUUUGGCUUGGAGGUGGCAGCGCUGUCGGCAGAUGAGGCGCCGGCGGACUUGGAUGCGGUGCGCGAGCUCGUGGUUCGGUGGUCCUGGCUGCAUGCGACUCGGUCGUUCUUCCCUCUGAUCGGGGCAAUUGUGGGGUUCAGAGGGCUACUUCGUGAUGGACUGGGCGUCCUGUAG